AUGGCUUCGGGUUCGGGUUCGGGUUCGAAAGCUGGGAAUACGGUUCUUGGAUGGAUAUACAAUGACGGUAAUAUCAUCCAAUCUGAAUUAGAAGGUUUUGUUUAUGAUAAACCUGUUUCGAAGCAUGUUAGGCUAGAUUUGUCUAUGAAUAACGCUAAUUUAUGUGCUUUGUUACAUUCCAAGUUGAAGAUUGAUAGUAGUAGUAGUAGGUUGAGGCUAUUUUAUAGGUGUAAAAAUCCCGAUGAUUUGAAAUUCGGGAUUGUACCAAUUGAAGAUGAUGAUGAUGUAGAAUUAAUGUUUGGUGUUGUGGUGUCAAAAGGGAUGCCCUUUUUUGUUGAAAUUUAUGUAGAGAAAUUGUCUUGUGAUGGGAAUUUGUUAAGGAGUAGUUCGAGUGUGGGGGAGAAGAGUAGUGGGCGUGAUUCGGGUGGUAGUCGUUUUAGACAUGACCAUGAUGUGGUUGAUAGCUUCAUGUCGGUCGAUACUUCCCAUUUAGAGAGGAUGACCUCAUUCGACGAUGUCGAGGUUGCGAAUAAUGAGGUCCCGUUGGAGUUGAAGGAUGGGAGGUUAUUUAGCACGAAAGAGGAUUUGAUGCAUGUGGUGAAGCAAUACCACAUUCAGAAUCAAUUAGAGAUUGGAGUGAUACGAUCAGAUCCGAGUAGUUGGUAUGUUGCGUGCAAGUAUAGAAAUGAUGGUUGCAUUUGGAAGUUGAAAGCUAGAAAGAGGAGUUCACAUGGUAAAUUUCAAAUCAUGGAGAGUGUAGGACCACAUAGUUGCUUGAGCACUACCAUCACACGAGACCAUCCCAACUUGACAUCCUCGGAGAUUGCUGGAGUGAUUAAAUCUCAAAUUGUUGCUGAUCCGACAAUUAAGGAGAAGGUGUUGCUAGCCACUGCUAAAGAUAAGUUUGGAUAUGAGCCGGGACGAAAGAAGAUUAGGAAUGCAAAUAAGAUUGCAAUGGAGGAUAUUCAUGACUCGUGGGAAGGAUCAUACGAGGACUUGCCACAUUUGAUGGAAGCUCUUCAGUCCUUCAAUGUGGGCACGAAGGUGGAUUGGUGCUUUAGGGAGGAUGAUGCAGAGCAACUAGAGGAAGUGACAUUUAAGAGAUUGUUCUGGGCUUUUAAGCCCUGCAUUGAUGGCUUCGAGUAUUGCAGACCCGUCAUACUGAUAGACGAGACUCAUUUGUAUGGACCAUAUCCGGGUGUUCUUCUGAGUGCAACAGCUGUAGAUGGGUUUAGUGACAUUCUACCAUUGGCGUUUGCUAUAGUGGAGUCGGAGAACAACUCUAGCUGGGAUUGGUUCAUGGAUAGGUUGAGGAGCUUGGUGGUUGGUCGGAGGCACGGGAUAUGUGUCAUUUCUGAUAAACAUUUAGGGAUCAUGGCAUCUAUGCAGAAGGUGGGAUGGUGUGAGCCACUUAAUCAUCAUCGGUACUGUGUGAGACAUUUUGCCACAAACUUUGCCACCAAAUUCAAGAAAGCUAGAUUGAAGGAUAGAUUGGUUGAGUUGGCAUAUCAGGUCCAGCCUAAGAAAUUUGAACUACUAUGGGGGGAGUUGUUGGCACUAGAGCCCCGAGCACUUACAUGGUUUGAGGACAAACCAGUAAGAAACUGGUCACUGGCACAUGACCACAAGCAUCAUCGUUUUGGCAUCAUGACUACCAACCACGUUGAGAGUUGGAACAAAGCAAUUGUCGAUGCUCGGAGGCUCCCGCUUACUUCAUUGGUGCGAGUACUAUUCCAUAAGACGGUUGAGUACUUUGAUCAACGUCGUCUUGAGAUUGCAACACAAGUAUCAAAAGGUCAGAUUUUCACCAAAUAUGCAUCCCAUUUCUUGAACCGUGCUAUAAGACAUUCCACGGGUCAUAGUGUGAAGAUAUUUGAUCGGGGGACUUGGUUAUUCCAAAUGAACUUCCAUGCGUUUGUUGGAGAUUGGUAUAAGUUAGAGAACCAGUCGAAGAUUUAUAAUGGUAUCUUUGAGCCAAUUCCAAACAAGGGUGAUCCUCGAUAUCCUACAGAGCUUGCUUUCCCGAGAGUUGUGCAUGACCCCGAUAUGGAGAAGAAGAAGGGGCGAAGAAAAGCAACGAGAUACAUGAACGAGAUGGAUUUUCAGAGCCGGGGAAAGCAUGGAGGGGCUUCAUCGAGAGACAGUUAA